UCCCUGUUCGUGAAUGAGGCACAAGUUCCCUCUGCUGGCCAACAUGAGGAAGUUCAGAUUGGGAUCAUAGGACAGUUACAUUACAUUUACAUGUAUUCAUUUAGCAGACGCUUUUAUCCAAGGUGACUUAAUCUAAUAAACUUAAACUAUCCGUUCACUAUACUAUUGUGCAGAGGAGUCAAUUAAUAGGUUAUAGAAUCGUAAAUACAUAAAUAAACAUAAUGAGUUAUACAUCUUAUUUAGCAUUUGAGAAACAUUGGGAGACCACCAAAUGAUUCUCUCAUGCGAAAUAACCAUUUAAAUGAGCCUAGAGGGACUUGUGUCCCAUGAGUUUGGACACAUAGAAAGUCAAAUUUGUGGCAAAUUGACAAACCACUUAUGGUUUGCCACUCAAUUACCUUCAUAACAAACAGAAGGUGGACAAGCCGCCCCCUCACAUCCUCUGGCUCUGGGGGCGAGUGUUGCGUAAAGGAUGGUGGCGAGGAGUGGCACAGGAUGCGUUUAAAUAGCCGCGCUCACAAACUUUUACGCAUCACAACUUCUUCAGCUCUGCACACUGGUUUUACGCAUCGAUACUCUGCGCUCUGUGAAGAUGCGUUGCGCACUUUCCAACCUGCACAUGCUGCACUCCUCCGUCCUUGCGCUGUGGUUCACAGCCCUCCAGGGCUUCAGACCUGCGGAUGCUGCCCCCAACCCUUCACCUCUCCUGGGCUCCAACUGGGGAAACCCGCGGAGAUUCAUCCACCUUCAGACAACUUCAGACUUAAACAACUUCUACUUGGAGAUCAGUGCGAAUGGACAUGUGCGCAAAACUACAAACCGGGGGUCCUACAGUGUAAUUUUAUUGAAGGCAGAGAGCAGAGACCGUCUGGCAAUAUUUGGAGUGAAAAGCAACCGAUUCUUGUGCAUGGAUGCUGGAGGGACCCUUUUCACAUCUGCGGUCUGCAAUAAAGAAGAUUGUCUUUUUCACCACAAACUUUUGGAAAACCAUCGUGACGUGUACUACUCCACCAAGCAUGGCAUAUUGCUUAACCUGGAUGGGGCGAAACAGGUGUUUAUAGCAGGACAAAACCUCCCUCAGUCAUCUCUCUUCUUAUCAGAGAAGAACACUGUCCCACUGGAGCGCCUGCAGCACCGCGAGCGGAGAAACCGACAGGUGAAUCCGUCAGACCCGCUGAACGCGCUCCGGUACGGAGAGGAGUCCGACUCCAGAGCUGCUCAAGAGGACGAUGGGGACUUGGACUUUGAGCCGUCAGAGGGUCGAAACAUCUCCAGAGAAACCGUAGUUUCCCCUUCCGAUGAUGACCCUUGGGACCUUCUUCACGACACGAGCCCCGGCAGUCCCCGGAUCUCAGCAGUUGUCGGAUAAAACUCUGGAUCCUCCAUGCAGGUGACUGCAGUGGACUUCGCUUUGCGCAAAGUCGAUGCGCCAACGCAAGAGUGUGACUCCUUAAUAUUUUCAUCACAGGUCAUAAAUAAAUGUUUUAAAGGACAUAAGUUUCAAAAUCAAAUUCACGUAGAUCUACAGAUUCCUUAGGCUGCAUUUCACCAAAUCUCAAGAACCAAAACCUGCAUUUUUUUUCUUUUUUCACCUGCCACCAUGAAUUUGUCUUUGGUGCUGGACACCACCCGUGGAUAACAAUUGUCAACCAAUAAAGUAUUUAUUUAUUUAAUGAAUUGCAUAUGUUUUAUUUAUAGUAUUUAUAUGGAUGCCUUAAAUGCAGGGAAAUGUUAUGGCUUACCCGUUUUACUCGUUUUAAAUAAAUAAAAGUUUGUUUCUCGAUUGAAGUUCUGUGAUUUAAUUAUUUGUGUCUUAUUCAUCUUCAGUAAACUUAGAAAGCAAGUUCGUUUUUUUUUUUUUUUUUUUUAAAUUAGUAUUACUAUUUUAAUUUGCAUUAAACAGUGAUUCUGUGAUUUGUUUGGUUGAACUUGUCCCUCAUUGUCAGGUUCCUGUCAUUAGAGGUGAAUAAUGAACUCUCAGAAUCAAUCUGAAAUCUGAGUCUCCAAGAAUAAACCUUUCCACACUCUGUUUUGUUUCCAAUGGCUGCACUUUGGUUAUUUUCGGA